UAAAUCGUGAUUUCCAAACACUUCCCUUUCUCUUCACGGCGCACACAUGGUGGUGGGUAGCAUAACACCCUGAACUCCAUUACUCCGGUAGCCGUCGUCUCCCUCACUCAAUCCCUCAUCUCCGAUCACUUUACCGGCCGCAAUCACCAUCAAUUUCACUUACAUUUUAUGUAUGGACAUCGAAGCAGAAACCACUUGCAACGGAACCAAGCGAAAGAAACCCUACGAGGAGCUAAAACCUACCGCUCCCGGCGAUGACGAUCGUACGGUGGAACAUGAGGCCACAUCGGAGAAGAAUUCCGAUAGUGACGGUGGUGGAGUAGACGCGCAGGAGAAUAAAACGGAGGAUUUAGAACUUAUGGAGAAAUCGGAUCGUGAAAUUGCGGCGAGUAUUGACAGGAUCAAGAGAAAUUUGCAGACGAUAGGUGUUAGGUUGCCUGAUGGAGGUGAAAAGUACAAGGCGAAUUUAAGAAGACAUGAAUAUGAACUCGAACGGAGGAAGAAGCUUCAGUUAGAGAAGGCGGAGAAUGGAUGUGAUGAGACAAUACAGCUUUCUGAUCAUAGUGAUGACGGUGCUUCACAUGGCAAAAAGAAAUCCGCAUCAAAGUUUGCCAAAAUUUUUGGCAAAAAGAUGGAGGAAGAGCAAGAAGAUUCUAGGACUGUUUGUGCAUUCGAAAAAGAUUUGACUUGCAUCAAUCGUUGUGGUGGGCGCAAAUUAAAGAGUCAACUUUCGGGUAAGGGUAGAUCUAGGAAGGUUUUAUCUUCUUCACGAUCCAUGAAGACUUCUUUAGUAGAUUUGACAUCUUUAUUCCGGUCGCCGUCGUCUCCCUCACUCAAUCCCUCAUCUCCGAUCACUUUACCUGCCACAAUCACCAUCAAUUUCACUCACAUUUUAUGUAUGGACAUUGAAGCAGAAACCACUCGCAACGGAAUCAAGCGAAAGAAACCCUACGAGGAGCUAAAACCUACCGCUUCCGGUGAUGACGAUCGUACGGUAGAACAUGAGGCUACAUCGGAGAAGAAUUCCGAUAGUGAUGCCGGUGGAGUAGACGCGCAGGAGAAUAAAACGGAGGAUUUAGAACUUAUGGAGAAAUCGGACCGUGAAAUUGCGGCGAGUAUUGAAAUGACCAAGAGAAAUUUGCAGACGAUAGGUGUUAGGUUGCCUGAUGGAGGUGAAAAGUACAAGGCGAAUUUAAGAAGACAUGAAUAUGAACUCGAACGGAGGAAGAAACUUCAGUUAGAGAAGGUUUGUCAUCUCCUCCGCCACAAACCCCCACCCUCUGCCGGCGUCUUCAUCAGCGACGCCAUCUUUUCCGGUGAAGGUAUGUCAAACAACUCGGAAUUUGGACAACAUAGUAUAGGAGGGGAACAUGAGGAUGAAGGCAAUUCAUAUAGUUCGGGUAAACAUCAUUCUUAUGUUUGGGACUAUUUUGACCUAUUACCGGUUGCACCAAAUGGAGACAAAAAAGCAAAAUGCAGUGCUUGCGGACGGGUGUGUGUUACGAAUGCAAGCUCGGGGACAUCUAACUUAAGACGACAUAUCCCUAAGUGUUUUGAUAUUGAUGAGCCUGGUCAGGCGAAAAAACAAAAACGCGCCCCUUUAGAUGAAGCGAUGUACAGGGAGAAGUUAGCAAUUUCAAUUAUCAAACAUAACUACCCUUUCAGCUAUGUUGAGCAUGAGGAAACAAGAAAUUUGCACAAAUUUCUACACGGUGAUGUGAAAUUCAUAACAAGAAAUACUGCAAAGGCGGAUGUCUUAAAGAUAUACGAGCGAGAGAAGAUGAUUCUUAAAGACAAGUUAGAAAAGGUAACCGGUAGGAUAUGCUUGACUUCUGAUUUAUGGAGUUCGAUCACGACAGAUGGAUUUAUGGCAUUAACAGCUCAUUAUGUUGAUGAGAAUUGGAAUCUAAGGAAAAAAGUGCUAAACUUUAGAGUUAUACCCCCUCCACACAGUGGUUCCAUUUUAGCAGAGCACUUGAUCAAUUUUUUAGCAGAUUGGGGCAUCAAGAAAAAAGUUUUUACCAUCACACUAGACAAUGCAAAAUACAAUGACAUAUUAGUAUAUCGUUUAAAAGAUCAUUUGCGUUUGAAUAAUGCAUUAGUGUAUGAUGGAGAUUUUACUCAUGUGCGUUGUUCAGCGCACGUGUUAAAUCUUAUUGUUCAAGCCGGAUUGAAAGUAAUUGAAGGGGCCAUUGAAAGGGUGCGAGAGUCGGUGAAAUAUGUGAGAGCAAGUGCUGCUAGGAAGUAUAAGUUUGCGGAAUGCAUUGAAAUACUUUCACUACAGUGUGGGAAGCAUGUUCGUCAAGAUAUUGUAACGAGAUGGAACUCUACAUAUCUUAUGCUUGAUUGUGCAUUAGCUUAUCGACGGGCUUAUACUCGGUUAGCCUUAAUUGAUUCAAGUUUUCAAACUUCUCCAUCAGAAGAGGAAUGGGUAAGGGUUGAAAUAAUCACGCGACUUUUGAAACUUUUUUAUGAAAUUACGACUUUGUUUUCUGGAAGCUCUUAUCCUACCUCGAACUUAUAUUUUCAUCACGUGUGGAGAAUUCGGUUGUAUAUUGAAAAAGAGAUGUGCAAUGCGGAUCAAGUUAUUAGUGGCAUGGCGAAAGACAUGAAAGAAAAGUUUGAUAAAUAUUGGAAAAGUUAUUCCAUGAUUUUGUCUUUUGCAGCUAUUCUAGAUCCUCGGUACAAGGUUAAGCUUGUUGAAUAUUGUUUUUCAAAACUUAACAUGACAUUUAAAGAGCGUGAAGAGAAAUUGAAGCGUAUUGUGGAUGGUAUGCAUAAGCUAUAUGAUAAGGAGUAUAAUAUUCAAUCGGAGAUAAUGCAUGAUUCUUUAAUACCCGAGAGUUCAAAUGUUGGUGACAAUAUGCUCGACGAGUUGGAUGGGUUCGAUACAUUUCAAAGCCAAUACAAAGUUGUUGAUAAUGAAAAGUCACAGUUGACAUUGUAUUUGGAGGAACCUAGCGUUGAUAGAAAAGUAGAACUUGAUGUUUUACAGUAUUGGAAGGAUAAUCAAGUAAGGUAUCCAAAACUGGCUGUAAUGGCUCGUGAUAUAUUGAGCAUCCCGAUUACUACUGUUGCUUCCGAAUCAUCUUUCAGUAUCGGAGGUCAGGUGUUAAGUAAGUAUCGAACUUCAUUGUUAUCAUCAAAUGUUGAGGCAUUGCUAUGCACACGUGAUUGGUUAUUUGAUUUAGAAGAUGAAAACGAUAACGAAAUGGAUGAAGAUCUUGUUGAAGACAUUGAAGCAUUGAUUCCAACUUUUGGCAACUUUUAGGGAUUUUAAAGGAAGCAUUCGUGAAGAAGCGCAAUUAGUCAAGACGUUUUGUAUGUUAUUGAAUCAGAUCUUUUGUAAAUGCAAGAAACCGAAC